GCUCCGCCCACACAGGCGGCUCACGUGACUGACCGUCGCCCAGGUUGUGUCGAAAGCAUCCUGGUUUUAGCAGUUAGCUACCCUCUGAUGAAAAAUAUAAAGUGAGGUGUUAAUAUUUGUAUAUGCGAAUUAUUAACUUGGCUUUAACGGUGUCCAAGACGACACGGAUUUACCUUAACUGGCCCUGAUAGAUGAUAUCUGAAGAAGCCAGCUGACAUUGCUAACUAAACAUUAGCGUAAGCUAACGUCCACACUUUGACGGGCAAGAGCAGCAAUUCGUUAGCUAGCUGCUAGUCUGCCAAAUUACUACGACCAUCCUAGUUAGCCAGGUAACAUAUCUUGUUGUUGUAGCAAUUAUGCUAACUAUCUAGCGACGUAGGUGUUUACGCACCGAACAACAGGUGAUUUUGAACAGACGUUUAUGUAAAACUGGCGUUAACGUUAUUACUAAAUAACGUGAGCUAAUUUAUCAAUAAUGACUUAUGUGAAGCAGCUAAUGCUAACGCUAGCGACUUAAACUUCAUUGUAACUAACAUACUCAAUUGCCGCUGUGAUUAUAUUUCUCAUAGUUAAUGGUGAAAUAAAGCGAACAGCAGCCAGUAGGAUGCUUUUUUAAAGCUACGCGUCUGUGUUUUGUAAUUCAUUUCAUCCAAUCACGAGAUAAAUAAUUCAAAACAUUAGGAUGUCGAACGCUUGGGGAUUAACAUUUGGACAGCAGUAUUUUCUAGAAAACACAGCUGUCCGGUCAUUUCGGUAAUCCCCGUUUUCUUCGUAAUGCAGCUACAAUAGAUGUUUUUAAUUGCUGAACGAUAAAGUAAAAAUCCUGUAUACACCAAUCAAUAUUUAGCUAUCAAGUUUACCUUUAACAGUCUGUAUAGGCUAUAGCAUACCCUGAUUUAAGUUAUGUCUGGGGACGCAUCUGAUAGUAGUGAUGACUCCGAUACAAAAACAAAUGAAAAGGCCUGCACCGUCAAGCAUCAAAUCACCAAUGCUAACCUCACAGGUCACACUGAGAAGGUCGGCAUGGAGAACUUUGAGCUGCUUAAAGUUUUGGGCACUGGAGCUUAUGGAAAAGUGUUUUUGGUCAGGAAGAACACCGGCCACGAUGUGGGCCAGCUAUAUGCAAUGAAGGUGUUAAAGAAAGCAGCGAUUGUUCAAAAGGCAAAGACCACAGAGCAUACUCGCACUGAGAGGCAGGUGCUGGAGCACAUCCGCCAGUCUCCCUUCCUGGUCACGCUCCACUAUGCCUUUCAGACGCAAAGCAAACUACACCUAAUCCUGGACUAUGUGAGCGGCGGGGAGAUGUUCACUCAUUUAUACCAGCGGGACCACUUUCCUGAAGAAGCUGUGCGGAUUUAUAUUGGGGAAAUAAUCCUGGCUCUGGAGCACCUGCACAAGCUUGGGAUUGUGUACCGAGACAUCAAAUUGGAAAAUAUUCUUCUCGACAAUGAAGGCCAUGUGGUGUUGACAGACUUCGGGCUCAGCAAGGAGUUUCUGGAAGAAGAGGUUUCAGCAUUGAAAGACCAGGGCAACAAGGCGCUAAGUGCAGGGAAUAUUGAUGAGGCUGUGCGCUGCUACACCGAGGCCUUGGCCCUUGACCCCUCAAACCAUGUCCUGUUCAGUAACCGCUCCGCUGCUUACGCCAAGAAAGGCAACUACGAGAAUGCUCUCCAGGACGCCUGUCAGACCAUCAAGAUCAAGUCUGACUGGGGCAAGGGCUACUCCCGCAAAGCUGCAGCAUUGGAAUUUCUUGGCCGAUUGGAAGACGCAAAAGCAACUUACCAGGAGGGACUCCGGCAAGAGCCAACCAACCAGCAGCUAAAGGAGGGUUUACAGAACAUUGAGGCCCGGCUUGCAGAGAAAUCAAUGAUGAACCCCUUCGCCAUGCCCAACUUGUAUCAGAAGCUGGAGACUGACUCAAGGACCCGUGAACUUCUGUCCGACCCCAGCUACAGAGAACUGCUGGAGCAGCUCAGGAGCAAACCAUCGGAGCUUGGCACGAAGCUGCAGGAUCCCAGAGUGAUGACCACUCUGUCUGUGCUGCUGGGACUGAACCUCUCUGAGAUGGAUGAAGAAGAGGAGACCACUCCCCCUCCUCCCCCCAAACCCAAAGACACUCAGCCCCCUCCUCCCAGAGAUGAAGACCUUCCUGAAAACAAGAGAAAGGCCGUGAGGGAGAAGGAACUUGGGAAUACUGCAUAUAAGAAUAAGGACUUUGAAGAGGCGCUGAAACAUUACGAAGAAGCAGUCAAACAUGACCCCUCCAACAUGACGUAUAUAUCGAAUCAAGGAGCUGUCUACUUUGAGAAGGGAGAUUUUGAGAAGUGCCGAGAGCUGUGUGAGAAGGCCAUCGAUGUUGGCAGAGAGAACCGGGAAGACUACAGACAAAUUGCAAAGUGA